CCGGAAAAUUGUUCGGUUGUGUGAGUUUCAGGAUUUUGUUUUUUUUGUGUCGCAAGAACAAACCAAAUCGUGCCAACAGCUUACGGAACCGGAACGAAACCGGCCCAUCCGAUAUCAUUUGCGUCGUGUUCGAAGAAAGAAGGUAAAGCUUCGGAGCACCCAAUGCACUUCUCGGUCACACUUUGUUGAAAGCGUUCCGGGGCAGGUUAGUGCAAUUUGUUCAAGUGGUGCACAAAAUUACCUCCAGAAACGUUUCGAAACGAGCGUGUGUGUGUAUUUCAGUGUGUUGUUUUGGAUCUGUGUUGUUUUUUCGUCUACGUCGCGUUUCGUCUUUGCUGCUCCGCACUAGUUCUAUGUUGUUAUUUCGAUCCGUUACCGUAAUCCGGCCACUGUGUGUGCUUGUUCGAUGGUGUGAGUGAAAACAUCAAAGCAAUCCAUAUUACUCCCCCCACGACAUAAAAGGGCCCAGAACAAGGGUAAGCUUUCCGAAACGCAGCAAACCUUGACCUUUGGUGUGUGUCAUACGCGCUCUGGUGCAUUCCACGGGAGCUUUUCCCUUACCAGUUAGCUUUUUUUGAGCGGUUUUACUCGCGGGAACAUGUUAGAGCUACAUCCCGAAAUUGGGGAAGUGCAUCUUACCCGUCCGGCCACGGCUGCCACCACACGCUCCGCACUGGAAGCGAUCAAGAAAAAGUUUGAACUUGCAGCUGCUGCCGCAAAUGCAGAAGUGAGCGAGAAGCUUCUACUCGAGAAGGGAAAGGAACCAAAGCUGACGUUCGGAUCCGCGGGAGUACCAUCGACCCCGGACGGAACCGAGCAUUCACCGGCUAAACCACCAUCAGCCAUCGGGAUGAUUGAUUCCCGUGGGUGCGCCAAACCAGCCAAAAAGUUCGGCGGAACUCGCAGCGAGUUCGUCGGCAAACUGCGUGCGCUCUGUGAAGCGGGCGGUGUAACAGGCCUCGCUGGUAACGGAGGAGCAGGAGGAGGAGGUGGAGUUGGUGCAGGUGGUGGAGGUGGCGUUGAAGAGAAGCGCAUCAGCAAAAGCACCGACGACAUUGCAGAUAGUGACGAACGCGACAUGACCAAUACACAGCUAUGGUUCCGUGGCGUCAGGCCAUCCAAGUUCCGGCACGUGUACGGUUUACCAACGCGGAAAGAGUGUUGCUACACCGACAUCAGUGUAGUACGCAGUGGCAAUGAUGGUAACUUCUGUGCCGUCAAUCCGACAUUCCUGGCAAUUGUGGCCGAUACGACGUUCGUUGUCAUCCCGAUCGCCACCACCGGUCGAAUCGAUUUCCAGUGCUGCAAGGUGAUUGGUCAUGCGGGUCAGAUUCUCGAUCUGAAGUGGAACCCCUUCGAUGAUCACACGAUCGCAUCGGCUUCCGAUGAUUGCACGAUUAAAAUCUGGAACAUUCCCGAGGGAGGUUUGGCUAACAAUCUUACCAGCUACGUGACGGAGUUGGUUGGCCACAAGCGUAAAGUGCUACACAUUGAAUGGCACCCAACUGCAUCAAAUGUAUUACUGAGUGCGGGUUUCGAUCAUCAGGUGUGCGUGUGGGAUACUGGAAAUACCGAACGACCGCUGCUGAACGUCAUCGACUGUCACGUCGACAUGAUCUACAGUCUCGCAAUCAAUCGAGAUGGGUCGAUGAUUGCCACCACGUCGAAGGAUAAGAAGCUGCGCGUCAUCGAACCUCGUAGUGGGAUUGUCGUCUCGGAGGGCAUCUGUCACAUGGGUACCAAGUGUUCGAAGGCAGUAUUUCUGGACAAUGGACGUAUCUUGACGACGGGAUUCUCGCGUCAUUCGGACCGUCAGUAUGCCGUCUGGGAUCAGCACGACCUGAGGAAACCGCUCACACAGGAGGUGAUCGAUAGUUCGAGCGGUAUCGUCACGCCGUACUACGACUAUGACACACGCAUGGUCUAUUUAGCUGGCAAGGGUGAUGGUAACAUCCGGUACUACGAGGUGGUAGACGAACCACCGUACGUCCACUAUCUGAACCAAUUCCUGUCCGGCCAGCCCCAGAAAGCUCUAGGUUUUAUGCCGAAGCGUGGACUCAACGUGCACCAGUGUGAAGUGUUUCGUUUCUACAAGCUACACGCUGCAGGAAACAUCUGUGAACCCAUCUCGAUGAUAGUUCCACGCAAGUCCACGCUGUUCCAAAGUGAUCUCUACCCAGAUACGCUAGCGAACGUGCCAGCGAUCGGGGCAAAGGAGUGGUUCCAGGGUCGUAAUAUUUCCCCAGUCCUGAUGUCGAUGAAGACGGGUGAGUCCAUCACGGAGGUUUCUAAUGGCAAAACAAACCGAAGCAGUACAGAGUCGAAGAUUCAACGAACACAUUCCAUCCAUCUUGCCAACGGAAAUCAAACGAACGGAGGUACCAACACUAAUGGUCACACUGCAAUAUCGAAUGGAACAGAUCGGAUCUACCAGCAGAAUGGUACUUACGGAUCGAACCUUACCAAUGGCAAUAAUCAUCCCUUGAGCAUUAAGCAGCAGCAACAUUCGCUCAACAAAGAGAACGAACUACUUGACAACCGCAAGAUGGACAAUAAUACGAAGAAGUUUGCCUUCCUCUCGCAACCGACCAUUCCUGACUAUCGACCGCAAACGAUUAUCGAAAAAAGCCAGAAAACGUCCACCAACCAGAGUACAAAGUUUCACCAACUGCAGGCAAUCUUUGGGCAGCAAACUACAAACCACAAGGACAUUGCCAACCUGCAAAACAAUCUGCUCAGCAACUCGCGCAACAGCUCCCGGAACAGUUCUCUCGAAAACAUUAAUCUACUAAACUCGGAAAAUGAGCUCCGGAAGGCAUUUAACAAACAAGCGGACGAAAUUAAAAGUCUGCGCAAAACGCUUAAUGUAUCGGAGAAGCGCGUGCGCGAGCUGGAAGCGGAAGUGAAGCGGCUACAGCUGCAACUAAAGCAACACCAGUAAUUCCGUCGCAAAAAAAUGGAGAAUGAUGGAUAUACACAUUGUGAUUGGGAUUUGUGAUCGUUUCGAAAAGGGAGAGUUCAAUGAUGUUUUUUUUCUAUUAUCUCUCUUUUGCGGAAAGCAUUAAAUGAAUGGGUACGUGCGUGUGCGUUUUGUGUCUUUUGUGCAUUUUGUCGAACAUUACGACGAUGUUUGUCGUAUUUUGUGUACGCUUGUGAAGUGAUCGCGUAGCAUAGGAUUAAGACGAAAAGAAUGCGGAAUGAU